UUUGGUUUAUCUGAUAUAAAUAUCAGUCAAACAGUUCCUCUUUCACCAGUUCAUCUGUCUCUAUAUCAUAAUAAUGUUGUUGAUUUUGCAUUGUUGGAGAAAAGGAAAGAAGAAAACAUUUUAAUCCAUAUUUGGUUCAAUCAUAUUUAGACAAUAAGUACUACGGAUAUGUCCAAGUUUAUACAGAUGCUUCAAAAAACUCAAAUAGCAAUAAUGGGGUGUUAUUGUUCCAGAAUUCAGUGUUAAAAAAUGUAAAAGAAUUACUGAUGGAGUAUCAGUUUAUACAGGAGAGAUGAUGGGAAUCUUUUUAGCUUUAGGAUGGAUUGAGGAGGUUUGUCCAUUAAGAAGCAUAAUAUGUUCAGAUUCAAGUUUAUCAUUAUAUUCAUUAAAAAAAUAAUCAUGCUAUUAGUAGACCAGAACUUUUAUUAGAGAUUCAGUUAUUAACUUAUAGAAUUCAGGCAAUGGGUUUAUUAGUUAUAUUAACAUGGAUACCAUCACAUGUAGGAAUAAAAGGGAAUGAGCUGGCUGACAAAUAUGCAAAACAAGUUACAAAAAAUAGUAAUAUUGAUAUAUUAGUACCAUUCAGUAAAGAAGAAAUCAAAUGUGUAUAUGUAGCAUCCUGAUCCACACUCCAUUCCAGUUGAUGGCGGUAAUGCACAUCAAUAAGUUGCUUGCCAACCGCCAUAAAAAGAGGAAGAAGAAGAAGAAAACAUUGAACCCUUCUUCCUUAUGCGUCACUGUCUGUUAGCCAAUGGGAGCCCGCAUAUCCAGAGCUAAGCCGUGUGGAUUUUGAAUGGUGGAAAUCUGGACCUUGUGUGGAUUUUCUCUCUGUAAUCAUUUUAUUCAGCCACGCAGAGAACCUCAGCCAUGAAGAGCUGUUCGUCGGCUGAAUGUGUGCAGCAUUUACCGAUGCGUUAUGUGCCCAUUCGAGUAAACACUCACAAGCUUUAGGAGAUGUAAAGCAGUCCGUGUCCACAAAUGACUGAUCCCACAGCGAAGCUGGAAAUAUGUAGUUGUACACUGAUCAGGCCAUGGCUCCUUAAGCCACAAAACUUCACUGGAUUCCUGAAGGUGAAGCGCGUCUGACAGCAAGACGUUUGCAGCAGAAACCUUUAACCUUCUCAUAGCUAUUGUGUCCCAGAUUUAACACUUGCUGUUUUCAUGGACCUCUGGAGCUUAGGUGUCCAACGCAUGCUAUAAGUUGGGACUUUGCAGAACAGGAGAGAUUUUCACCAUGAAGGGCUCCGGCUCCAAAUGGGCCUUCUCACUUGGCUUAGUGGUGGGAACCUGCAGCAUGUACUUCUUCCUGCAUCAGGUGUGGUUCGAGCGAAGCUACCCUGUGCUCUCUGAGGCUCAGGAGACAGCCACAGCAGCAGGGGAGCGGCCAACCGUUUGGAGGAGAGAAGGAGGCGCGCUCAUCAACCUGCUCCACCCUCACCAAGCAGAUGAAGACAGCAAGGUGGCAGACAUGCUGUUCCAGAGGGUUCGCAUUCUCUGCUGGGUAAUGACAAGGCCAUAUAACCUCCAGAGCAGGGCCAGCCAUGUCCGAGCCACCUGGAGUCGGCACUGCAACAUUGUGGUGUUCAUGAGCUCUGUGGAAGACCCCUCCUUUCCCACUGUGGGGCUGGGCACCAAAGAGGGCCGUGACCAGCUCUACCGGAAAACCAUCCGAGCCUUCCAGUAUGUCUACGAGCAUCACGUGAAUGAAGCAGACUGGUUCCUUAAAGCUGAUGAUGACACCUUCGUGGUGGUCGAUAACCUGCGUUGGCUUCUGUCCAACCACACUCCUGAAGAGCCCAUCUAUUUUGGUAAACGCUUUAAGCCGUACACCAAACAAGGCUAUAUGAGUGGAGGUGCGGGGUACGUGCUCAGCAAGGAGGCCCUUAGAAGGUUUGUCGAAGGUUUCCGGACCAAGGCUUGCACACACACCACCCCUGUUGAAGACCUGGCCUUGGGGCAGUGUUUGGAGAAGAUGGGUGUUCUGGCAGGGGACUCUAGAGACACGUUGCAUCGGGAAACCUUUCACCCGUUUGUGCCGGAGCACCAUCUCACCACAAAGUUCUCCAAGAGCUUCUGGUACUGGAGUUAUUGUUUCUACCCGAUUGUUGAGGGUCCACAGUGCUGCUCGGACCUGGCCGUGUCAUUCCAUUAUGUGGAAGCACAGCUGAUGUAUAUUCUGGAGUAUUACACCUACCACCUGAGAGCUUAUGGCUACGUACCACGCUACCUGCCCUCUGCGCACCGCAGGCCGAGACUGCACUCGCAGACCAAGAUGGCUGCUGCUGUGGGCGUUAAAGUGUCACAGGAGGUGAUGGACACAACCAAUCGCACAGCCCCUGCUCCGCUUGUCAACAGAAACCAAACCAUAGAACAGACACUAGCAGAGAGGGGCAGGAAAGAAGAUGCUGAUUUUAAUUUAUCCAUAAACAAGACUGUAAGCGCACAAGGCAGCCGUCACUGAUUCCAGACGCUGCUGAAGAAUCUUCAACUGCUGUUUAUUUGAUCUGGUUACAGCUUCUUCCACACCAUGACAAGGUGAUCAAAGCCAGGAUGGAAACUUUUUGCCCUCAAAAGGUUUGCUGCUCUGUGAAGUAUAUUGCCACAGUAAUAUUAUAAUACCCCCUUGGAUAUAAUCUCAUAACAUUUCACAGUAUUUCUCAGACAGCGCUCCCAGUGGGAGUGGAGGAGACAAAUUAAUUAUGGCUCAGUGGCAGCUGCGUAUUGCCUGGGUAUAUUUUUACCCAACGUAAAAACGUGCUUUUUGCUUAAUCAUGUUUGACUGCGCCCGAGUUUGUGACCCAAUCAGCGAUUUUGUAGUGAUGCAGAAACAUUUUCACUGAUGCAAUCAUUAAUCUAAUUUAAUUUUUUUAUUAAAUGGAGAGCAGCAGUACAGUGUGAAACUAUGAAGUAUCCAGAAUUUUUACGGACACUUGGAUUUUAAUUAAUGAUGAACUUCUUUUGCUAUUUUAACCUUUGAAACCACAUGCACAAAUAAACUUUGAAAUAUUA